AUGGCACAAAAUAUCUACGAUCAAGAGGACUUUUUCAAAGCAUAUGCUCAGCUUCCACGCUCUGUUCAUGGAUUGGAAAAGGCUCCUGGUUUUGAAGUACUACCUUUUUGGUUAGCAAGCCUCGAGGGAUCAAAUUUCCUAGAUCUUGGAUGCGGGUUUGGCUGGAUGUGUAGAUGGGCGCGGGAAAAUGGUGCAAAAUUUGUUCGGGCUCGAGCACGAAAGUACCCAGAAGAUCCUUCUAUCAGUUAUCGCAAAGCCGAUUUCGAGACGUUACAGAUAUCUCCAAAUGAGCUUCAUGUUGCCUACAGCUCUCUGGCCCUUCUCUAUAUCGAGAAUCUACCAUCUCUUAUCGAGCAAGUCUACACAUCAUUGAAGCCUGGAGGAGCUUUUAUUUUUUCUGUGGAGCAUCCCAUUUGGACUGCUCCACGAAACCCUGACUGGAUUAAAGAUGCGGAAGGUCAAGACGUCUGGCCACCAGAUAGUUAUUUGUUUGAGGGCCUCGAACGACAGACUGGUUGGCAAAAGGGGUAG